AUUCAUCAACGCGGGGCAGAAAGGCAAUCUGCGCACGACGUACUGUGCCGAAGAAUGCCGAAGAUCGGCUCGGGCCUUAUACCGGUGAUUCGGGCGAUCUCGUUGGGUCGAGUGUUGACUCGUAACGCCGCAUUGGCGCUCGAUCAUAACUCGGCCGUCCUGGAUGAUAAAAGACCGUUGUCAUUUCCACUGAUCAGUUAUUGUUCGGCACGCGGCACGCAGAAGAACAUAUUCCUCUCGAAGAAGACAAAUAAUACGCUGGCUUUCCAUCGACUAUUAUUUAGAAGAUACUGUUGCAAGAAAGAGACAGAAGACGACAAAACGUUCAAGAUGAAUAGAGACCCGGCUGCCGAACAGCUGAAUGAAUACAAGAAAAACGUACAGGGCCGGAAUGUAUUGCUAACCGGAAAUGGAAACCCGAUCGCUCAGAAGACAGCAAGCUUGACGGUUGGUCCAAAUGGCCCUAUUCUGCUUCAAGAUUUCGUUUUUAUUGACGAACUGUCUCAUUUCUCCAGAGAAAGGAUUCCGGAGCGUGUGGUGCACGCGAAAGGAGCUGGUGCAUUCGGUUAUUUCGAAGUUACCCACGACAUUACCAACUACUGUAAGGCAAAGGUUUUCUCCUCCAUUGGAAAACGUACUCCGGUCGCUGUGAGAUUUUCCAGCGUGGGCGGCGAGUCUGGCUCCUCUGAUACCGUCAGAGAUCCACGUGGUUUUGCGAUCAAAUUCUACACCGAGGACGGUAUCUGGGAUUUGGUGGGCAACAACACGCCGAUCUUCUUCAUCAAGGACCCGAUAUUCUUCCCCAGCUUUAUCCACACGCAAAAAAGAAAUCCUGUCACUCACUUGAAGGACGCCGACAUGUUCUGGGACUUCAUCUCUCUGAGACCCGAGUCAACGCACCAGAUCAUGUUCCUGUUUUCGGAUCGAGGUAUUCCCGACGGUCAUCGUCACAUGAAUGGUUACGGCUCCCAUACGUUCAAGCUGGUGAACGCCGACAACGACAUAGUCUACUGUAAAUUCCACUACAAGACCGACCAAGGAAUUAAAAAUAUCCCAGUCGAUAAGGCGGCUGAAUUAAGCAGCUCUGAUCCCGAUUACUCGAUCAAAGAUCUUUACAAUGCGAUCGCUACACAUAAUUAUCCGACGUGGACGUUCUCUAUUCAAGUGAUGAAGCCGUGUCAAGUAAAGAAGUUCAGAUGGAACCCCUUCGAUUUGACCAAAGUAUGGCCACAUGACGAGUUCCCGCUCAUACCUGUUGGUAAGCUGGUGCUAGACCGAAAUCCUGAAAAUUACUUUGCUGACGUGGAGCAAAUAGCCUUCAAUCCGGCUCACAUGGUACCUGGUAUUGAAGCAAGUCCUGACAGAAUGCUACAGGGUCGACUAUUCUCGUACGGUGAUACUCAGAGGCAUCGUCUUGGGCCGAAUCAUCUUCAGUUACCUGUGAACUGCCCGUACAAGGCGAUUUCGGCGAUGAAUUAUCAACGCGAUAGCUUUAUGUCCUUCUAUAAUCAAAAUGGUGCGCCGAACUAUUUCCCCAACAGUUUCAAUGGCCCACAAGAAUGCCCAGCUGCUCGUUCCACAAGCUUCCACGUGAGUGGCGACGUGGACCGUUACGACAUGGUAGACAAAGAAGAUAAUUUCGAACAGGCAACCAUAUUUUGGAGACGAGUUCUCAACGAUGACGAAAAGACCAGGCUGGUGAACAACCUGGUUAAUAGCCUUCGUAAUGCGUCAACGUUCAUCGUCGAGAGGGCCGUGAAGAACUUUACGGAAGUGGACACUGAAUUGGGCAAAAGACUUACCGAUGGCCUUCGUAAUGUUGGCGUGAGGAUUAACCCUUUUGGCAAAACAGCUAGCUUGUGAACAAAAUAAUUCUUCCUUUUGUACUAUAAUCGCUGUGCUGGACUACAUACGUAUACUAUCUAAUAAUUCACAGUUUUCAUGGAUAGAGCACGUCGUUACUUUGGUUAACAUCCGUCUUUAAAAAUCUUUUAACGUUUAUCAUAUUUAAUCAUGUUUUUUCUUCUUUUCUCCUUUUAUUAUUGUACUUCUAUAUAUUACUGGCUUCGCUUUCCUUUCUGUUACUAUAUCUUUUACUCUAUCAGCUUCGCUUUCCUUUUUGUUACUGUAUAUUUUAUGAAUCUAUAAUACGUUGCAUUAUCUUUCCAUUGAAAAAAGAGACUCAAUCAAGCGUAAUGCAAAGUGAUUUAUACGAUGCAUUAUCUGUACGAUGUCUUUGUAUCGAACAAUUUGUACUGUCAUAUCACCAAUGUACGAUAUAAAAGUUUGUACGAAGUAAUGAAAGAUGUUUUGUAAUUUAAUAUAAAAGUAAAAUAAAGAGUACGGGGAGACAAGAGAACUAAAUGGUAAA